UGCUGCCAAUCAGUGCCACCUAUCAGUGCCAGUCAGUGCUGCCUAUCAGUGCGCAUCAGUGCCACCUGUCAGUGCCACCUAACAGUGCCAGUCAGUGCCGCCUAUCAGUGUUGCCUAUCAGUGCCAUAUAUCAGUGCCAUCCCCAGCAGUGCCACCUGUCAGUGUCCAUCAGUUCCAGCUCUCAGUGCUCAUCCAUUCCACCUGCCAGUGCCACAUUUCAGUGCCCAUCAGUGCCACAUCAAUGCCACAUAUCAGUGCCCAUCUGAGCUGCCUUUCAGUGCCAGUCAGUGCCACCUAUCAGUGCUGCCUAUCAGUGCCGCCUAUCAGUGCCAUAUAUGAGUGCUGCCUUUCAGUGCCCAUCAGUGAUGCCUGUCAAUGCAUCCAUCAGUGCCACCUAUCAGUGUCCAUCAGUG